AAGAGAUCUUUUUCCUUUCAUAUCUAUCAAAGUAUUCGAUCACCAAAUGCAUGAUCGGAGGAAUUUAAUCGGCCUACAGAAAAUAUGAAUUAAAUAUUUGAUUUAGAGACCAUUGAAACUCGGGUGAUUUUUAAACACAAAUACUAAAUAACAUCCACAUGUUCUUUGUGCGACAGUCGCGCAACUGUCUGGCGGAUUUAUUUUUGUUGUUAACUAAUGGACAAGACUUUCCGCGCCAGCUACUCUAAAUGUCGAAUUUAUUGACAUAUGAAUUCAAACUGACGCGAGGACGAAUACAGGAUUACAUAUUUAUUAUUUGCAGUAAAAUGAAAAGAUAUCUAUCCACUCUCAGAUUUUAAACAAAUCAGGUAAAUACGGGGAGUUUAAUACCAGAUCGAAGGGACACUGCGCCAGAGGAUGAAUAGUUUUUAAGUUUGGUUGAUUUAAAUAGAAGUAACACCAAUGUCAGCCCCCACAUUAACCAGGUCUGCUUCAGACAUGGACUUCAAAAAGUCCGGAAUAGACUGGAGUGAGACUUACCUGGAGAAUGACCAGCUGGACUCUCAACUGGAAAGUAGGAUUCACCAGAUCCAUAAGGCAAAGUACAAGGCCACGAUUGACAGUGAUUAUAGUCUGAUGGAGGCCCGGCGUCAGGCUGAGGAAAUACAACAAUUAAGUAAAGCCAUCAAAAAGAAAGACCGACCGAACAGUGUCAAGUUGUACGAGUCUAGCAGUAAAUCUGGAUCCUUUUCUAAAUCUCGUGGAACUUCAGCUGUAAUGAGAGAAACUAUUUCAGAGAAAGAGGAGACGGAUAUUAAUAAAAAUGAGAUAUCUAAAUCAAAAAAUGAAAAUCUAGACUCCAAUCAGAGUAGAGUGUCAACAGAGAAGGAAGAAAAUACUACAGACGCAAAUAAUUCCAACGAAGCAUCUGAGGAUGAAAUUAAACUUAGACCUGUUAAUGUGGCCAUGUUCAAGUUAUCAUUUAGAAGAUUUAACUCUAAUAAACAGAACAAUUCUCCUUCUGAUGACCUUCAUCGUCAGUCCAUGUCUAUUUCAAACAUUCGACAAACCCAGUCUGCAGCACCAUCCAACAUACGAGAUCGUGCGAGAAACAUUCGAGAUUUAAAGAGAUCUGGUGGUAGGACGAGACGUCCUAUGACAUCCAAAUUAAGACAGCUAAAAGAUGGCGAGGUUCUAGAGGCAGUGGAUAUUCAUCCUGUGGUAGUGUUUGGUGUUAAUACGCGGAAAAUGAAGGAGACAAAAUCUAGGCGGGAGUUAGAGGAAAUGAGCAAAAUUCAACACGAAGAGAAAUUCGGUAAACCCGACAAAGAAAAAGAGGAAAGAAAGUUAAAAAUGGCCGCUUGGGCAAAAGGCGACGGAUCUUUGGAGAGCAAGAUUCGUAAUUUUAUCACUGACAUAGAAGAUUUCAAACGCCGAUCCAAAGGUUCAGACAAUAUUUUGCUUUCGUAUCGGAGAACAAACUCAGUUUUAUAGAACGUAUUCAGGAUGUUCAGUUAUGCAGUCCUUGUUUAAUGCAGUUCUCACAGUAAUAAAAAGGCAUUUUAUGGCGAAUGUUUUAAAUAAUUUUAAGUAAUAAAUGUUCACUAUAAAGAUUUUGCUCAGAACUAGAAAAAUUCUCCGAAUUCUGUAAAACUUUUGAGCUAAUUAUAGUAUUGAUAACAUGAAUUGGCUCAUACUAAGACAAUCGAGGUUCCAUUUCUAGUCUUAGAUACACGAAAAAUGAAUACCCUAUAGCGGGUUUUCUUGGCGGGGGUAAAAUUUAGCGUUUUGCUUGCUCAAAAGCAUGCCAAAAAUUUUGGCGUUAUUAAUGUAGCGGACACAGGGCUCAAACACUUUUCAAAAGAACACUUAGAAGAAUACUGAAUAUUUUCGAGAUUAAAAUUUUACUGGGCUACUACCAAAACGCUAAAAUAAACCAAAAUUAGCACCCCGCUAAAAUUACCCGCUAUACGGUAGGUUAAAAAAAUUUUUAAAAAAAAAUACAUUAAAAAAAUUAAUUAAAUGAAGGGCGAGAUGAAUAUUGUACUUCGCGGGUUGCUCAUCGUAAUGACUUAAAUGAAA